CCUAUUUCUAUCUGUAAGAUCUCUAUGUAAUGUUCUCUAUGUAUGGCCCAAAAAAGUGAAAUUAAAAUUUCAAAAAUACAGGAAUAAAAUUAAUAAAAAAUUACUUUCUGAUUUGAAUAAAAAAAUGGAAGAAUCAGUACCAAAGUUUGACUUAAAGGAAGUUAAAUCUGAUAUUACAAGAGGUAUAAUUGAGUGUUCUCAACGUGGUUUAAUGCAUACUACUAAAUGGCUUGCAGAAAUGAACUAUUCAUUAAGAAAUAUAAAUGAAACAUCUCCUGAUAUGAGUUUCUUUGAGCAAAGUGAAAAUGAAGACAUUUAUCUAUUAGUCAAAAGUUAUUUUGAUUUAAAAGAAUACGAUCGGGCAGCAUAUUUUGCAAAAGACUGUAAAACUGCAAAAGCAAGAUUUUUAUAUUUUUAUUCUUUAUAUCUUUCUGGAGAGAAGAAAAAAAUCGAUAAUAUGACUGACAUUCCUCCUGACUUUUUGAAAAACAAUAAUUUAAAAUUACUUUGUAGUGAGUUAAGAAAAGAAAGAACUACAGGAGAUCUUGAUGGGUUUGGGUUGUACUUAUUUGGCGUUAUUUUAAAAAAAUUGCAAUCAACAAAAGAAGCAAUAAAUAUUUUUAUAGAAUCUAUUCAUAAACAGCCUAUUCAUUGGGGAACGUGGCUUGAACUAGCUAGCUUAAUAACAGAUACAGAGAAUCUUGAAGCUUUGAUGUUACCUAACCAUUGGAUGAAACAUUUUUUUAUAGCACAUAUGUAUUUGGAAUUACAACUCAUUGAUGAAGCAUUUGCAAUGUAUACUCAUCUACAACAGUCAAUGGGUUUCGUUAAAAAUGUUUAUAUUAAAGCACAAACAGCUAUUGCAGUACAUUACAAAAGAGAUGUAGAUAAUGCAUUAGCAACAUUUAAACAAAUAUUAGAAGAUGAUCCAUAUUGCUUGGAUAAUAUGGAUACUUAUUCUAACUUGUUAUAUGUGAAAGAACUGAAAAAUGAAUUAGCUCAUUUAGCUCAUCAAGCUACAGAAAUUGAUAAGUACAGAUUAGAAACAUGUUGUAUAGUAGGUAACUACUACAGUUUAAGAGCUGACCAUCACAAAGCUAUUAUGUAUUUUCAUAGAGCUUUAAAAUUAAAUCCACAAUAUGUAUCAGCUUGGACACUUUUAGGUCAUGAAUUCAUGGAAAUGAAAAAUACAAAUGGUGCUAUUCAUAGUUAUCGUCAAGCUAUUGAAGUCAAUAAAAGAGAUUAUAGAGCAUGGUAUGGCUUAGGUCAGACUUAUGAAAUUUUAAAAAUGCCAUUUUAUGGCUUAUAUUAUUAUAAACAAGCUCAAUUAUUACGUCCUCGUGAUAGUAGAAUGGUAACUGCUUUAGGAGAAGCAUAUGAAAAACAAGAUAGAAUACCAGAAGCUUUGAAAUGUUAUUAUAAAGCAUGCAAUGUUGGUGAUAUAGAAGGAAUGGCUCUCAUUCGUCUUGCAACGCUCUAUGAAAAGUUAGGUCAACAAGACAAUGCAGCAGCUGCUUACACAGAUUUUGUAAAUGAUGAAUUUAGAAAUUCAGAAAGAGCUGAAUUGAGCAAUGCUUACAAAUUUCUAACACAGUAUCACAUCAGUCAAAAUGAGUUAGAUCAAGCAAACCAUUAUGCACAAAAAUGCUUACAAUAUGAUGAAACUAAAGAAGAAGCUAAAGCAUUUUUAAGAUCAAUUGCACAAAAAAGAAUAACAAUUGAAGGAAAUUCAAUGCUUGUUGGUAUAAUUUAAAUUAUCAGUAUUAAAAUUUCUCGUACCCUACUUACAGUAAUAGCAAAUGAGAAAUCCGUUCAUCAAAGUUAUAAUUCACUUUAGGAAAACAGAACUGAAAAUGAUUAUAUAUAUUUAUCUGUUCCCAUGCGCAUCAGUCUCUCAUGAGUAUCAAUUACAAAUCAUUAAUAUACUGUUAUAUUUAAAUAUACAAAUAAAAUUAAUCUUUCAAAAUAGCA